AUGGACAAUACAUGUCGUCUGACUCAGCGGUCACUAGAUACAACGGCUGAAAACACUUCAGAUGAGACACUCACCACACUCAAUCUCCAAUACAAUCAAAUCGGAGCUCUAGGAACGCAACAUCUCACUGAAGCUUUACGAAAUAAUACGACACUCACCACACUAGAACUCCAGAACAAUGAAAUUGGAGACGAAGGAGCACAAUGUCUCGCUGAUGCUUUACGAAAUAAUACGACACUCAUCACACUAGAUCUCUCCUCAAAUGAAAUCGGCAAUCUUGGAGCGCAACAUCUCGUUGAUGCGUUACAAAAUAACACAACACUCACUACACUCAAUAUCCAAUACAAUCAAAUUAAAGCUCUCGCAGCGCAACAUCUUACUGAUGCUUUACGAAACAAUACAACACUCACCAUUCUAGAUCUCGGAUACAAUGAAAUCGGAGCUCUCGGAGCAGAAAGUCUAGCCGAUGUUUUACGAAAUAACACAACACUCACGACACUAGAUCUUUCCUCCAAUGAAAUCGGAGCUCUCGGUGUACAACAUCUUGCUAAUGCAUUACAAAAUAACACAACACUCACCACACUGCAUCUCGAAUACAAUCGAAUCGGAGCUCUUGGAGCACAAAAUCUGGCUGAUGCUUUACGAAAUAAAACGACACUCACUGCGCUAAAUCUCUCCGACAAUCAAAUCGGCGAUCUCGGAGCGCAACAUCUCGCUGACGCAUUACGAAAUAACACAACACUCACCAUACUACGUAUCUCCUCUAAUCAAAUCGAAGAUUUCGGAGCACAGCAUCUCGCUGAUGCAUUACGAAAUAAUACAACACUCACCAAACUACAUCUUGGAUACAAUCAAAUCGGAGCUCUCGGAGCACAACAUCUCGCUGAUGCAUUACAAAAUAACACAGUGACCUCCAGUCUCUCUCCAUAUCUCUGAUAUUAACAUCUGUACUUCUUCACAC